AUGCAGUCCAAACGCGAAUGUGAGCUGUGGUGUGAGAGGGUGAAUCCCGAAAACAAGGCGGCGUUGGAGGCGUGGGUCAGGGAAACCGGCAUCCGGCUGGUGCAGGUGAACGGGCAGAGGAAGUAUGGCGGGCCACCCCCAGGAUGGGUGGGCAGCCCGCCGCCAGCGGGGUCGGAGGUGUUUAUCGGGCGGCUGCCCCAGGACGUGUACGAGCACCAGCUGAUCCCACUGUUCCAGCGCGUGGGCCGCCUCUACGAGUUUCGUCUGAUGAUGACCUUCAGCGGCCUGAACCGCGGCUUCGCUUACGCCCGCUACAGCUCGCGGCGCGGCGCCCAGGCCGCCAUCGCCACGCUGCAUAACCAUCUGCUGCGGCCGUCCUGCCCGCUGCUCGUGUGCCGCAGCACCGAGAAGUGCGAGCUGAGCGUGGACGGGCUGCCGCAGGGCCUGAGCCACCGCGCGCUGCUCUGCGCGCUGCAGCCGCUGGGACCUGGCCUGCAGGAGGCGCUGUUGCUGCCCAGCCCCGGGCCGACGCCCGCACAGAUCGCACUGCUCAAGUUCAGCUCGCACCGGGCCGCAGCUAUGGCCAAAAAGGCCCUGGUGGAAGGACAGUCCCACCUCUAUGGAGAACAGAUGGCUGUGGAGUGGCUUAAGCCAGACCUGAAGCAGCGACUCCGCCAGCAGCUCAUGGGUCCCUCACUACAGUGCCUACAGCCAGAGGGCAGCCGAUUAGCCCUGGCCAGGGACCAAGGGCUCGAGUUCCAAGGGUCUCAGGUUGCCUUGCAGCUGCUGUGCCAACGGAUGAAGCUGGGCAGCCCAGUGUUCCUCACCAAGUGUUUGGGCACAGGCCCUGCUGGCUGGCAUCGCUUCUGGUACCAGGUGGUGAUCCCCGGGCAUCCAGUGCCCUUCAGUGGCCUCAUCUGGGUUGUGCUGACCCCAGAUGGGCAGGAUGGGCAUGAGGUGGCUAAGGAUGCAGUAUCUGCACGGCUGCUGGAGGCAAUGAAUGAGUCCAGGGCCAGCCUCCUUCGGUCUACUGGGGCUGAGGCAGGAGGUACCAUGGUUCAGCAGUGA